AUGACCUACUCGGCUGAUUUUCGCUGGCGUGCAGUAUCGCUGCUGCCCGUGUACGGCAACAACGUGAACUUCAUCAGCGACACCUUUGGACCUAAUCCUAACACGAAAUUUUGCUGGUACAGCCUUUUCUUGGAGAACGGCCUCAUUGAUGAACAUACAGCGGGCGAGUUGGAAAAGAAGCGCGGGCGUGACGAGGAAUUGGAUCGGCUUCGGCACUCUCAGAUGUUCAGUGAUGACCCAGCACACGUUUACGUUCUCCUUGAAACGAUUCGGAUCAUCAACAACAACCUGCCAUACCGUUUGGCGGAGUGCGAAGAGUCCAUCUCGAUCCGAGAGCUUGUAAUGAAGGACGGAAUGCAUGCUGCCGUCAACGCAAAAGUCGUCGUCCACGCCACGAUCGAGCUAUACGCUUCGUCCAAAAGUACUAUUUGUCGUGAAAUCAAUGACAACCGAGUCGGACACGCAGCGACAUUCACGGUCGUCCCCGACUUUUGGACUCCAAAAGGCAAGGGUGCUAAGUUUUUGGGGCUCCGGUUGUAUUUCAUCAACAAGCAGUACGAGCUCAAGACUAUCCUGCUCGGCGCCCGUCACUUCAACCCGAAGUACAGCGAGAGGUCUGGUGGAAUUCGUGCGCCAUUUCGGCGGUGGCUUGAUGAUAUUUUGAUCGAUUUUGGUUUGACUCGGGCGGACCUGUUUGGAGCUACAAGUGAUGCGGGUCCUGACGUGAAGUGGAUGAUGACCAAAGGCAAUGCCAGCAAGUCCAAGAAUCCAGCUAUGACAGCUCUGAUCAAGCGCAUUGUUAAGACUGUCUAUCAGACAAAACAUGUCGAAGUGAUGGGGUCCUUGUUCGUCGAGCUGUGCGCAAUGGAGAGCAUGGGCGACAAGGCGCCGCAGCAACUGCUAGAAUAUCGCUGCCCGUGUGGGAAGGUGCCUCCGUGUGCUUUUCCGUUGGCUAAUGACUACGACAACCUCACUCAGGUGUUGUCGCUGCUCGAGCCAAUCACGCUACUAAAUACAAGGGCUCAAAGCGAAUCUGCAACCCAGGUUGAAGUACUUUUGACGCUGCUCGACCUGCGGCGCUCCACGCUCAACUGCGACAAGGUUCUCCGCGACUAUCGAUCUACGAAGGAGAGGGAAACGUACAUUCGACUUGAUCAGCUUACUGAACUGGCACGGGAGACGCGGUUGAAGCUUCAAGAAGAAUUCCAGUGUGUGUUCUUCUCCCGGUAUACGGAUCGAGCGAAAAUUGUCCAAUGUUCGUUUUUGUUUGAGAUGCAGCUACUGCUGCACCGGAACUUCAAGAAUCUGGACAGCAUUCUCAAGGACGUUGUCCUCCUGUGCUCUCCAAAAGUGUCGUCACACAAGGGAGCAGGUGAAGUCAACUUUUGGAAGGUGAAAUAUUCAAUUGUCACCAAGACGAUAGCAUUGAUGCGAACAGUGGCCGCAGAAUCUCGACGGCAGGAAACACCUCCCCCCGCUUUUCCCAACGUUGCCUUCUCCGAAGAUCUAAUGGAGCUCAUUGACGACUCAGCCGUCUCGCAGCAGGUGGAUCGCGAGGACCAGCAAACUGUUCACGACAGCAGCGUGGAGCAAGAGCUACGACUGUAG